UACGACAUUCCGAUAGAGGCACCCGUCACGUGCGGACGUGCUCAUCGUCCACUCGAUCGCCCGGUCUUUGUUCGCCCGGCUUUUGUUAGCCCGGCCAUUGUUCGCGCGGCCUGUGUUCGUGAUACAUCUGCCGACCAAGUGUGUUUCCUGGAAGCUUUUAUUUGUUUUGUUUUAGUUAUUUUUGUGUUCGUGGAACAUUUGCCGACAAAGAGAUUUCCUGCAAGUAUUUAUUUGUUUUGUUUCUUUUUGUAAUUUCUGUUUUGUUGUGCUCUUUCUUUGUCCUGUAGUAAUCGCGCCGCAUUGCCACCUGUGUUCAAUAGAACCGCUCUAGGUCCGAGAAGUUGGGGCCUCGCCGCAAGGCGAGUGUUUUCAAGACCCGGGGCCGCCCCACCUGGGUACUCAGCGAUCAUGGACGCUGUAUUCGCGGAAUUCCUCCGACUUCGCCACCCACAGCUCGCCUCAGAGUUUCUGGCCUUCAAGGCCAAUCACACUGCGAGCCCUCUCGAGAACUCCGCCGCGCUCGCUGCUCCUGCGUCGCCUAUACCUGCGUGCAGAGCUUCUGCAUUGAGCACCGCAGCCUCUGUCGUGCCUGCCGCUCCCGUGUCGCCUAUACUGGCGAGAAAAGCUGCUGCGUCGUCCGCCGUGACCAUCGUUUCAGCUGAGCGAUCAUCCGCGGCCUCCGUCGCGCCCUCUAAAACACCUACACUUGCUCGUAGGUCGCCUGCACCCGCCUCCUCGUGCUCCGACUCUGACUCGGACAUGGAGGUCGACCUCGCCCCCGCCUCAUCGACGGAUGGAUUCACCCUGGUACAAAAGGAAGAUGCUGUUCAUCAUCAUAUUUAUUUUUAUACUUUUGCUGCUAACGUGGUGGUUAAUUCGCUGGCAGCAAGUAAAGAGCUAUUGGGCCGCGAGAAAUGUACCUCAUGAGCCACCUCAUCCAGUCUUGGGAAGCCUGACAUUCCUGCAAAAGGAAAAUCCUUCCAUUUGGCUAAUAAAACUUUACAAGAAGUUUCCGUUUCCUUACAUUGGAAUAUGGUUGUUUUGGAAACCAGCCUUGAUCAUCAAUUCUCCGGAACUCGCGCGGCAGAUUCUUACUAAGGACGCGGAUACAUUCAGAAACAGAUUCUCGAAUGCCGGCAAGUCGGAUCCUGUUGGAGCACUGAACCUGUUUAUGAUUAAUGAUCCAGUCUGGUCUUCCGUGCGACGUCGCUUGACUCCUGUCUUCACAAAAUUAAAAUUACAAGCAUUAUACCCAAUACUCAUCAGGAAAUCUAACGAUCUAAAGAAACGAAUAAAAGAAGACACUGAGAAAAAUAUUAAGAUAAAUUUGAGAUCACUGUUCGUUGAUUAUAGCACUGACAUUCUCGGAGAAGCCGCCUUUGGAGUCAGCAGUAAUUCAAUAACAACCGGAGAGAGUGCUAUGAGAGAGGUCACUAAAGAUUUCAUGAAGUUUGACUGGCUGAGAGGAUUGCAGUGGUCAUGUAUAUUCUUCUUCCCGGAACUAGCAGAUUUUUUUAGGUGUAAACUGUUCCCGAAAGAAUCUUUGGAAAUUCUUAGGAAAAUAUACAGAACGAUGGUUGCUGAACGGAGUAAAAGCCAAAGCAUUUCGGGAAAGAGUAAAGAUCUACUUGAUGCUCUGAUGGCCAUGAAAAUAGAGGCAGCUGCAGAGAAUGAAGUUUACAACGAAGACCUAUUAUUUGCGCAAGCAACAUUGUUUGUUCAAGCUGGAUUUGAAACGACCUCGUCAGCAAUUACUUUUGCUAUUUAUGAAUUAGCUUACAAUCCAGAAAUACAGGAACGUCUGUACAGAGAGAUAGUGGAAGCCAAACAGAAGAUGGAGGGCAAUGAACUUGAUGGAGUAGUACUAUCUAACUUACAAUAUCUUAACUGUGUUAUUAAUGAAACCCUACGGAAAUACCCGUCUCUCGGUUGGUUAGACCGGGUAUCUUCACAAAGCUACAAAGUGGACGAUACGCUGACCGUACCAGCUGGAACUGCGGUGUAUGUCAACGUGGCUGGGAUCCAAUCCGAUCCUCAGCUAUUUCCAAAACCUGAAGAGUUUAUCCCGGAGCGGUUCAACACAGACAAUAACAAUAUCAAGCCGUUUACUUUCAUACCUUUUGGAGAAGGUCCUAGACAAUGUAUAGGUAUACGUUUUGGCUAUCAAGCGAUACAAUUUGGAUUAUCUGCAAUUAUUCUGAACUUUAAAUUGCGUCCCAUAGAAGGGUCACCGCUGCCUAACAACUGUCAUAUUGAAAGCAAAGGGUUUGUUUACACUGCCGAUCAUCCCUUGCAUAUACAGUUCGUGCCCAGGAACUGAUCAUUAAUAUCGCAAAGCCUUAAUUAAAAUAAAUUAAAUCAA